AUGAUCAUUUGUUUUCCAGUCACGUUAAAUUUACCAUCUUCCAGAAAUGGCUUGAUUUCUUUGGAUCAUAAUCACUGCAUCCCUCGCCUGGGAUCUGUUUUGGAGUUGGAUGCAUGCCACCCUCCACACGCCGCCAGCUGGGAGGACCAGACAGGAAACUGCAGCGGAGCCAGGACAACGGUCCCUUUUGCAUGCAAGGAAGGAGCUGACCCACCCAGCAGAGCGCAGCGUCACCACCCUGUCAGCAGCCAGAGAGAAGGGCGUCUGAGUACUUGUUGCCGCCGGCCCCACCCAUCCACCCAGGCGCCCACCCUCACCCACUGCGGUCAGAGGCGGGCAUCUGGCGCGGUCCACCCUGAGCGGCCGCGGUGCUGCGCACCAGGAGAGGGGCCGCAGUCACGGCCAACUCAGACACUGUAG